GACCGCUCCCGCCCGCCUCUCCGCUCUGUCUCCGACUCCUUCCUGCGUUGCUGUAGAAAUCCUUCUCGUCAAGAUGCCGACUACCCUGAAAGAGUUCGAGAGCGUGUGGCCACGCAUUGCGGCCGACGUUGCAGACCAUGCCAAAAGUUACAAACUGCCCCAGCAGCCCCUUGAUUGGUUCAAAGAGUCCCUCGAUUACAACACUGUGGGCGGGAAGUGCAACCGCGGCAUGUCCGUCGUCGACACUGCGUCCAUCUUGCUCAACAAGCCCCUUGACCCGUCAUCCGAGGACUACUUCCAGGCUGCCCUCCUCGGAUGGAUGAUUGAGCUCCUCCAGGCCUUCUUCCUCGUCUCCGACGACAUCAUGGAUGCGUCCAAGACGCGCCGUGGGCAGCCCUGCUGGUACCUCAAGCCCGGUGUCGGCAUGGUUGCCAUCAACGAUGCCUUCCUGCUCGAGUCCUCCAUCUAUGUUCUCCUAAAGAAGCACUUCCGCCAGCAUAAGAACUACGUUGACAUGGUGGAGCUCUUCCACGAAGUCAGCUUCCAGACCGAGCUUGGCCAGCAAUGUGACCUGUUGACUGCCCCCGAGGACCACGUCGAUCUCGACAACUUCAGCCUCGACAAGUUCUCCUUCAUCGUCAUCUUCAAGACCGCUUACUAUUCAUUCUACCUCCCUGUUGCCCUUGCUUUGUACUACAUGGGCGCAGCUACCCCUAAGAAUCUCCAAACCUCCUUGGAUAUCCUGAUUCCUAUGGGCGAGUAUUUCCAGGCUCAGGAUGACUACCUUGAUGCGUUCGCCGACCCAGAGGUUCUCGGCAAGAUUGGCACCGAUAUCCAAGACAACAAGUGCUCGUGGGUCAUCAACCAAGCAUUGAAGAAGGUCACCCCGGAGCAGCGAAAGGUGCUCGAGGAGAAUUAUGGCCGCAAGGAUGCGCAAAAGGAGGCCAAGGUCAAGGAGCUCUACCAGGAGCUGAAGCUGGCCGAGUUCUACCAGCAGUGGGAGGAGGAGCGCGUGGCUGAUUUGAAGGCCAAGAUCGCCCAGGUGGACGAGAGCGAGGGCUUGAAGAAGGAGGUCUUUGAAGCGUUCCUCAAGAAAAUUUACAAGCGCAGCAAAUAGAUGCAGCGCGUACCGCCAUACGAUACCCGAGCUGAUUGAUGAUUCACGAUAGAAGGCAGUAAUCUACACAUAGUAAUACCGCAAACCUUGGCGACGUCAGAACUAUUUCGUUCCUCAACGCCCGAACAUAACAGCAAUAAUAGCCAUCGAUGUAGCGAAACCAGGAACAGGGGGUGCACCACCAGCGUAUGGCGCGUAACGUCGGCAGCGCACACCAUCUUGCCCGCCCUCCUAGCUCUACACUUUGGUCCAUGAGACAAGUUGCAAUUCUAGCAGGUAUAUCGCUGUGCGCUCUGCAGCAUUUGCCGUCUGCUCCACCAAUGGGCCGCGCUCAUUUCCCGAUGAUGCGCGGUCACCAUUGAGGUGCUCAAUGGCCACACCACACAUCGAGACCAUAUAAAAUGUCGAC